GGACUAGUCCAAAUUCUGUACAAUGGAAAGUGGGGCUCGGUAUGCAGCCAGAAUUUUGAUUACACUGAUGCAAGUGUUAUCUGCCGACAUCUUGGAUUUUCGAAACCUAUCGCAUAUGGUCCAGGAUAUGGAAAAGGGAAUGGAACCAUCUGGCUUAACAAUAUCAGAUGCAAUGGUUAUGAAUCAUCAAUAACAGCAUGUAAUCACGAUGACUGGGGAGUUCACGAUUGCAAGCAUGACGAAGAUAUCGGAAUAACGUGU